CAAAAUCCAGCCAGGUUCUACUGCUCUAUUUGCAAAAGGUGUACUAAAGGUUUCAAAAGUCAAGUAGAACUGCAAAGACAUGAGACAUUAAAACACAUAGCAUAUAACAUGCCUCCACAGCAUAUUUGUUCAGUUUCAAAAUCAGAACUUUUACAUCUCAAAAGGAUUAUAGUUAAAGAAUUGCAGAAACGGCUCAAUAACCAUCAUACUGCAGUAGGAGAGCAAACAUUCUCAAUACAUUGCAGUGAAGAUGCAUUUGUUGGUCUUUUUAAAAAAUAUAUUACGCAUUAUUCUCCUUGUAGAUCAUCUUAUUUUUGUAGUUUUAAAGGAGAAGGAGCAUUUGAUAAAAUAGGGAGGUUACUAAAUGAUAAAAACUGGGGGGAACAUAAUUAUAUAAAAGGCCAACUGAGUUUUGCCAUUUAUAUGUAUCUGAAGAGUUUGAAAAUAAUAGUUAUAAACAAAAAAAUAUUAGUCAAUGGAGAAAUGACCGUUAAGUGGAAAGUAACAGGUGGUAAAGAUAAAGAAAAUCAUAAAUUUGAAGCAGGUUCUGCUCAAUUUCAUUUUUUUUUAGAUCAAUGUCAAAUUUAA